AUGCCAUCGGACUUGGCAUCGUACCUUGCCGACCACUAUCUCACAGCCGACCCGAAACCCUCAAAGAAGCGCAAGAGGAAGCAUGGCGACAGCAAGAAGAAGAAGGAAGGCGAUGGCCUCUUGAUUCAGGACGACGACGACGAUGCAGCCUGGACCAAACCGUCGAGCCGCGACGCCGACGCCGACGAGCUGGGCUCCACAGCGACGGUAGCGGGAACGUCGGCCGAGUUCAGAAGGGCCACCAAGUCGAGCUGGAAGACGCUCGGCGGUGGCAGCAGCAAGCAAGACAUCAACAACAACGCAGAUCAAGAGGCGGCAGCAGCAGAUGCUAUCCUAGCGUCGGCGGCCGCAGAAAACGCCGCUGCUCGGGCCGCCGAGGACGAUGCGCCAGUCGUGGACGGCGCCGCGGCGGCAGCUGUCAAGAUGAGCGACGGCACGCACGCGGGCCUCCAGACCGCCGCAACCGUGGCGGCGCAGCUGCAGAGGAGGCGCGCCGAGGAAAAGGCGCAGUACGAGCGGGAGCGGGCAGAGCGGCGGGCAGCGCGCGGCGGCGACAGCAGUGGGGAGGAGGAGACGGUAUUCCGCGACGCCACGGGCCGUCGGAUAGACGUCACACUGCAACGGGAGCAAAAGAGGAAAGCCGAGGCCGAGAAGGAGCGGGCUGCCAAGGAGGCCCUCAAGGGAGAGGUUCAGAUCGAAGAGGCGCGCCGCCGCCGCGAGAAGCUCGAGGAUGCAGCGCUCAUGCCUCUGGCCAGAGGCAAGGACGACGAGGAGAUGAAUAAUGCCUUGAGGUCCGAACAGAGGUGGAAUGAUCCCAUGAUGCAGUUCAUGAGUGAAAGCGACAAGAGGGAGGCUGGAGGCACAGCCAAAACUGGUGGCAGGCGAGUCAAGGGCAGGCCGGUUUACAAAGGACCUGCGGCUCCCAACAGAUAUGGGAUACGGCCAGGCUACCGCUGGGACGGCGUCGACCGUGGAAUUGGUUUCGAGGCUGAACGGUUCAAAGCAUUAAACCGGCGUGAACGAACCAAGGAUCUCGAAUAUAAUUGGCAAAUGGAUGAAUGA